AUGGUUGCUGGAGCUACAGUACUGAGGUCCCUCUUGACUUUGGCUUCAAGCGCACCCGCGGGUGUCCAGGCGGGAUUGAGCAAUGACACCAUAAGCAAUGUUAGGUCGAGGCUUUUGGAAAGUGCAAAUGCGAGUUGGGAAUUGGGAACAGCUGCGGAGGCCUUGACUGAGUUAUACUGGCCUUCGCUCUCGGUCUUCCGGCCCUCCGCAUUUCCGCCACCUACGACUCUGAACUCGUCAGACAGUGCGUCAGACGUGUUGGCGAUUGCUCGAAAUACCGUCCGGACCCGACCUUCCCAGGUGCUCCCAUUAGUGGCGGAUGACGGUGCGGUUGGUGAUCCAGCUAGUAUUGGUGUUGCUGUCCUACUUGGCGCAUGGACAUACGGCAAUUCGAGUGGCAGCGGCAAUGCUAGCAGCAACCCGUUCUGGGAGGCCGCAGGCAACCAGUUGGAUUACCUUCUGCACGUCGCUCCGCAAACAAACGACGGUGCGAUAUCGCACCGAACAGAUCAAGUGCAACUUUGGUCGGACUUCGUUUAUAUGGCCCCUCCUUUCAUAGCGUACUUCGGUGCUCUGCAGGGUGGCGAAUCUGGACUUGGCUUGAUGCAGUAUGCGUAUCAACAAUGCAAGCUAUACCGAAAUUACCUCAAGGACGACUCAGGCCUCUGGCGGCACGUCACCCUGGGAUCGUGGCAGGAUGAUACUCAUUGGGCGACAGGCAACGGGUGGGCCGCAGCUGGGAUGCUUCGCGUUCUUGAGACCCUGGCCAAUUCGGAUCAAGCAGACAGCCUAACAGAGGAGACCAACGACCUGACGAUCUGGAUACAAGAGAUUAUCAACGCGACCUGGCCGCUUCAGAAAGAGAACGGAACGCUAUACAACAUUCUAGAUGACGAUUCUUCGUUCGCGGAUUCAUCCUCCACAGCCCUUCUUGCGUCUGUCACGUACCGCAUGGCAUACAUCGCAGGCGACGACACGCACUUGAAUGCCGCAAAUCGGGCGAUGGCUCUAAUAGAGAAGAGCAUUGACGACGACGGUUGGUUGCAGAAUACUGUCAACCCUUACACUUUCAGUUCCCCCAAUACUGGUGAGAACCACAGUCCAGAAGGACAAGCAUUUGUCUUGUUGCUUCAAUCGGCGUGGAGGGAUUAUUGGUUGGCGCAACGUAAGAGUUUAUAAAUUUAUUUCUAUCGUUAUAUCAGACGAUCCCGACAUCGUUGCUUUGAUCUUCAGUGUUUGCGGGGAUUUUUGGAGUUACAGCGCAAGCAGGAGGAUGAUAAACAAUUGUGUCGAGCUUAGGCAGUGUCCACGACGAAGUGUAUUUUUAUGCUCGGAGAAGCCUCGCGGUGGGAUACAGUGGUUCGCGAUCGAAUGCCUAUUCG